UUUGAUGCCAAUAAAAUUAAUAUUUUGGUUACGAUAGAUAGUGGUUGCAGCUUUACGGAUCACUCUUGUGAAAUACCUGGAACACCUCAUACAGAUAGUAGUGAAAAUGAUCAUUUAUAUUCGGAUACAUUUAGUAAUAAAGUGGCAUAUGAAUUAGCAUUAGAUUAUUUUAGAACAUUACCUAAUAAUGAUGAAAUAUAUAGCGAUAUUGAUUGGUUAUCUAGUGAUUUAGAUAAAUCGACAGAUACAGAAUCAUCUUGUAGUUUUUCAUUAUUAGUAAAAGAAAAUGAAUUAGAUUAUGAAAUUAAAGAUGAUAAGCGGUCUAACAAUAGUAAUAACAAUAUUAAACAAUGUGUGAUUACAGAAAUAAAAGAUGAAGGUGGUCAUUUUUUCCAAAGACAAGGCAGAGGAGCAGAACCGUUUAAUUGUAAGAAUUUGCAUGUUGAUGAUAGUUCUAAAACUCUUGAGCUUUUAGGAAACUGGAUUUUAAAUAUUGCUACAUCUUCAGAUAAACUUUCAAAAGAUAUUCUUGCAGAAGAGCUUUUUGAAGCAUAUAACCAAUUUUACUUUAAAUGGUAA